AAAUGGCUGAUCUAAAAUUCAAAAUUGGUCCAAGUAAAACUUUGGAGUAGGAGAAAUUAAAAUUAUUAAAAGAGAAGGAUGAAAUAGUGAAUAGAUUUGAGUAAUAAUGGAUAAAGGAUUAGGAUGAAGUGGGUAAAUAUAAGAAAGGAAUAAGAAUAAAAAAUUAUGUUGAUGGAAGUAAAUAUGAAGGGGAGGUAAUAAAUGAGAAAAGAAAUGGGAAAGGGAUUUAUCAUUAUAGUAAUGGAGAUAAAUAUGUUGGAGAAUGGAAAGAUGAUAGGUAUUUUGAAAGAUAUAAAAUAGAUUUCAUGGGAGAGGAGUAUAUAUAUUUGCAAAUGGGGAAAGAUAUGAUGGAGAAUUGAGAGAGAGUGCAAAACAUGGUAGAGGAGUAUAUUUAUAUGUGAAUGGGAAUAAAUAUGAAGGAGAAUGGAUGAAUGAUAAAAAGAAUGGUAAGGGUUCUUAUACAUAUUUUGCAACAAAUGAGAAAUAUGAUGGUUAAUGGUUAGAUGGUGAGAAACAUGGAAGUGGUAUGUAUAUUUAUACAAGUGGUGAUAAAUAUUAUGGAGAAUGGAGAGAUGGAGAGAAAUGUGGUAAAGGUGUAUUUGAAUAUUAAAAUGGAUCAAGAUUUGAAGGAGAGUUUUUAGAGGAUAAAGCAAAUGGUUUUGGAGUGAUGCAAUAUUAAAAUGAGGAUAGAUAUGAAGGAGAAUGGAUGGGAGGUUAGAAACAUGGUUAAGGAACAUAUGUUUAUAAUGAUGGAGCAAAAUAUUAAGGAGAAUGGAGAAAUGAGAAUUAGAAUGGACAUGGAAUAUUUUAUUAUGUUAAUGGUGAUAGAUAUGAAGGUAAUUUUGUAGAUGGAGAACGUUGUGGAAAAGGAAUAUAUUAUUAUUUAAGUGGAGAUAAAUAUGAAGGUGAAUAUAGAAAUGAUGUUAGAAAUGGUUAAGGAGUACUAAUAUUAACAAAUGGUGAUGUAUUUAUGGGAGAAUGGGCAAAUGGAAUAAAGAAUGGUUAAGGAAGAUAUGAAUAUGCUAAUGGAGAUUAAUAUGAAGGAUUCUUUUAGGAUGGUAAAAGAUAAGGUAAGGGAACAUAUAAUUGGAAGAAUGGAUAGAAAUAUGUUGGUUAAUGGAAAAAUGAUAGAAUGGAAGGAGAAAUAGAACCUAUUAAUGCAAUCAAAUAAAGUAAAUUUUAGAAUGAAUACUUAAUUGAUGUAUGA